UAUAAGAGCCACCAGUCGAGCAACGAAAGAGGCAGCGUGAGCGGCUCGGCUGUCACAACACAAAAAAUACUCAACGAAUUCCAGUCUCUUCCUCAGAUAACGACCCAAAUUCUUAUCAGCAAGAUGAGUCUCGCAGACCAGCUUAUGUCAUGCAUCGCCGAGCCGGUGACCACGUCCGGCGCAAAAGUGUCACUUGUCGGAGUGGGUCAAGUAGGAAUGGCCGCUGCUUUCAGCAUCCUUAACCAAGGCAUUGCAAGUGAACUUGCUCUGGUCGACAUGGUGGCCGACAAGCUCAAGGGUGAAAUGAUGGACCUGCAGCACGGCCUGACCUUUAUGAAAAACGCCAAAGUCACCGCCAGCACUGAUUAUUCAAUUACGGCCGGGUCAAAGAUUUGCAUUGUGACCGCCGGCGCUCGGCAGCGAGAGGGCGAAAGUCGUCUCAACUUGGUGCAGCGCAACGCCGAGAUUUUCAAGGGAAUCAUCCCCCAACUGGUCAAGUACAGCCCCAACACGAUUCUGCUCAUUGUUAGCAACCCGGUGGAUGUGCUGACUUAUGUGGCUUGGAAGCUGAGCGGCCUGCCCAAAAAUAAAGUCAUUGGAUCCGGAACCAACUUGGACUCGGCCAGGUUCCGUUUCCUCAUGUCCGAGCGCCUCGGACUGGCUCCGAGCAGCUGCCACGGCUGGAUUGUUGGUGAACACGGAGACACAAGCGUUCCUGUUUGGUCUGGAGUGAACGUGGCUGGUGUCAGGUUGCGUGAACUCAACCCCAAGAUCGGCACCAAUGAGGACCCUGAAAACUGGACACAGCUGCAUCAAGAGGUGGUGCAGAGCGCAUACGAGGUGAUCAAACUGAAGGGCUACACUUCAUGGGCCAUCGGUCUCAGUGUGGCUACCCUGGUGCAGACCAUUCUCAGAAACACCAACAACGUCUUUGCAGUUUCUACCCUUGUCCAGGGUGAGCAUGGAAUCAACGACGAGGUCUUUUUGUCCCUCCCUUGCGUCCUGGGCGAGAACGGAGUGACCCACGUCAUCCGCCAGAUCCUCAAACCCGAGGAAACGGCCCAGCUGCAAAAAUCCGCCCUCACCCUUAACGACGUGCAGUCCAAACUCCAGCUAUAAAUUUUAGCGAAAAAAAGUAUUUUUUUUCUGGGUGAAAUUUUUGCCUUUCCCCUCACUUGAAAGCAUUUGGUUGGAUCUACAAAUAUGAAUAUUUAAAUUUUAAGUUCAAACACAAAUUAAGGAAAAUACCUCUUGCCGUAAUUAAAAGUAUUAAAUGUGCUUUGAAAUAAUUUCACACCUUUCAUGUGAUUAAUUAAUCAAGUCGUCGGACUAAAAACUUUGACUAGUCUUCGCAUCUCAAACUCUUCCCUUAAUUAAGCUUGCCCCUUGUAAUAAAAUAAUAAUUUCUAAUCAUCUGUCAAAUGAAAAAAACUAUUUUAAACUUGUUCUAUUUUGUGUUGUUAUAGAAAAUAAAAAUAAUUAUUCCCAUGUGAAAA